ACAUCAGUAUAUAGUAAGGCUGAGGAAAGUCCAUCAAGUCCUUCUACUGAGGAGAAAUCAAAAAAAAUCUUCCCGAUCGGGGUUCAAAAAUUGGGUUCAGAUUUUGGGAGACCAUAGUUCAUGAGUCAAGUCUAUAGACGUAGAAUCCAAGAGCAGGGUGUUAGGUGGAUGAGCUGUAAAAGGUGAGGUCUACAGGUUAGGUCUACAAAGAUGUCUCCUCAAUGGACACUGAUCUCCACAUGUCUCCUCUUCCUCUGCACUGCUGCUGACCCUCGUAUUUCCAGGCAGGCAUCUAACUGCCCACGCGUGUGUGAGCUAUCUCGAUGCCCACGUCCCCAGUCACCCUGCCAGGCAGGGGAGGUGAGAGACUCAUGCGGGUGCUGUCCAGUAUGUGGGGCAGGUGAGGGAGAGUCCUGUGGUCAUCGUGGGGGAUCCCCAUGUGGAGAAGGUCUGGAGUGCGUAUUACCUGGCGUGGGAGGUGUAGUCAGGAGAAGAACUGGAGUAUGUGUCUGUAGUACCAGCGAACCAGUGUGUGGAAGUGAUGGCAAGACCUACAGGAACCUGUGCCACCUGAAGGCGGAGAACAGACGGGCAAGACUGCAAAAUUCCCCACCUGCCAUUCAUAUCCAGAAGGGACCCUGUGAUACUGGUUCACAUUACCCUGACAGCCUGAGAUACAAGUUUAAUUUCAUCGCUGACGUGGUGCAGAAGAUCGCGCCGGCUGUUGUCCAUCUGGAACUCUUUAGAAGGUCACUGUUCACCGGCCAGGAGAUGGCUGUGUCCAGCGGCUCAGGAUUUAUUGUGUCUGAAGAUGGAGUCAUUGUAACAAAUGCCCAUGUCCUCACCAACAAGCAGAGGAUUAAAGUAGAAGUAAAAGACGGGGCCCAUUAUGACGCCAAGAUCAAGGACAUUGAUCAGAAGUUGGAUAUAGCACUUAUUAAGAUUGACCCAGAUGCUCCUCUCCCAGUUCUCAUGCUGGGACGGUCAUCUGACCUUCGACCUGGAGAAUUUGUGGUUGCUCUGGGCAGUCCGUUCUCUCUACAGAACACUGUAACCACUGGGAUUAUCAGUACAACCCAACGAGGAGGGAAGGAACUAGGCCUGAAAGAUUCGGACAUGGAUUACAUCCAGACGGACGCCAUCAUUAACUAUGGAAAUUCUGGAGGACCAUUAGUGAACCUGGAUGGGGAGGUCAUAGGCAUAAACACAUUAAAAGUGACCGCAGGGAUAUCGUUUGCUAUUCCAUCUGACAGAAUCAGGCAAUUCAUGGCUGAAUCUCAUGACCGUCAGCUAAAAGGAAAGUCUGUUUCAAAAAAGAAAUACAUGGGAGUGAGGAUGUUACAGCUAUCUUCAAGUCUUAUCCGAGAACUGAAGAUGAGGGAUGAUGAUUUUCCCGAUGUCAAUUCUGGAGUGUAUGUGUUCGAGGUCAUUGCGGGAACUGCAGCUGCAAGUGCUGGUAUGAAGGAUCAUGAUGUCAUCAUCAGCAUUAAUGGGAAAACGGUGAGCACCACAGAGGAAGUGAGUGAAGCCGUGAAGAACAGCGAAACACUAUCCAUCGUGGUACGACGGGGCAAUGAAGAUAUCAUCCUGAAUGUAGUGCCGGAAGAAAUGGGCUAGAACCACGCCUGCCAUGAUCUGAACUUCAGAUGUCCCGAUCCAUCAUUCAGAUCUCUGAUCUCCUCACAGUGCCUCGUGGACAGAAGUUUACACUUGGAUAUCUCCAGCCGGCUCCAAUUUUGAGCUCCUAUUUAAUGGGAACCUAGUCCUUCUAAGAAUACUCUAUUCACACACAGGUUGUGGGGGAGGAUCAUCCCAUAGGCACCAAUAUUACACCAUUAUGGAUCUACGUAUUAUGCUUUUGUUCAAUCACAGAAUGAACAUCGCUAAACACAGCCCAUCAGAGGACAGGCAACCAAAGCAGACAGAUGAAGAAAGCAAAAUGUUGGCCAUUUAUGUUUCUACAUAAUGACUUUGGAAGCAAUAUUUAAUUUCUGUAAGAAUUCUGCUUAAAGGGUUUGUCUACGAUUACAACCUCUUAUUGUUAGAAGGGUCCAGAUAUAAUAAGCUGAUCACAGGGUGUCCUGUAAGCACAGGGGUCCCCUAUCCCAUGAUACCUGGCUGCAAGUGAUCAAUUCCCUGCAACGCCACCACUGGGGAGACUAAGUAUUGCAUGGUACCCUUAGAAAUCAAUGGGCUUUCAUUGCAAUGUACAGACAUGCUAGGCCCUCCAGAGGGAGAUACUCUUUGUAGCUGCUCUCCGCUAUAGCUAAUAGAUGGAGAUUCUCAAUGAACAAUACCCAUCUAUAAAAGCAGAGGUCCCAAGCCCAGUCCUCGAGGCCCACAGUCCAGGAUUCCAUUUUUCCUUGUUGUAUUUAAAUAGACUAACUGAAAAAACUAGAAAUGUUGGUGGGCCUUGGGGACUGGAUUAUCUAAACCAGACAAUCCCCUUAGCUACAAUGCAUUAUAUUAUCUGCGUAAAAUAGCUGUGACUUAUAACCUCUUAACCUGUACUGUUCUUGACAAUAUAUAGAACAGAGAGAUAGGAAUUGAUGCGUGGGUCAGCAAUGCAUAUACUAAUGGUCUGCAAUAAGUUGGAAAGACCCUCUCACCUUUUUUUUUUUCAAUUUUGUUAUGUUUUGGCCUUGUGCUAAAUAAAUCUAGUUUCCCCCUAUUUUUCUGGCCUCAAUAUCCCAUAAUGACAAAAUGAAAACAGAAUUUUAAAAAUCUUUGCUAAUAACUUGAAAGGGAAAAACUAAACUCUUGCAUUGACCUAAGUAUUCAGACCCUUUACUCAAGUAAAGCACAUUUGGCAAUGAUUCCAGACACCAGUCUACUUGGGCAUGAUAACAAGAAGAUUUGGGGAUUUUCUACCAUUCUUCUCUGCAGAUCCUCUCAAGUUCUGUCAGGUUGGAUGGGACCAUCGGCUGGAGCCAUUUUUCGGUCUCUCCAGAGAUGUUCAAUUGAAUUUAAAGGAGUAGU